AUUGGUCCAGUUUAGAUGGAGUCGGAGGACUGAUUAUGUCGGGAACAAACUAUUAUAUAAAGAGGGAAGCUUUAUUGGGCAAUUUCAGUAAGCAAGAAGACCUAAUGACACUCAAAAGAUGGUUUGGUCCAUCCACCGAGUUCAUUAAAACCCUAGUUGAAGAUCAUAACCCUAAUACCAUAAUCGAUGGGGAAUCUUCAAGGAUGUUGCUGGAAAAGGCCAACGUUUUAGCCACUUGCUCUUAUGAGAAUCAAACAACAUGGGGUACAAAGGUGGGAUUCAUGUACUUCAGUGUGUUGGAAGAUUACUUCACAGGGUUUACUUUACCUCGUAAAAGCUGGAAAUCUGUUUAUCUUUACCCUAAAAGGCCACAAUUCUUGGGGAUAAGUACCACAAACGUGAAUGAAAUGUCAAUUCAGUGGAUGAGAUGGAUGUUUGGUUUGGUUAGCUUGGCAUUUCUAGGUUUUCCCUCUCAUUUAUGGAUCCCUAAAUAUUUAUGUGGUUCACCUUAUGGGGUACUCAGCCCUUGCAUUCAAGCCUCUUCUGCAAUGCCUCUCACUCUGGGGAUUUGCUCUUAUAUCUCAGCUUUUUCUUUUUAACGACACUC